AUGACGAAGAAAGCUGUUGGUGAUGCUGAUAUAAUUAAUCAAUUACCAGAUUCUUUGCUUUAUGAGAUACUUUUGAAACUCCCUACCAAGGACGUUGUCAAGACUAGCCUUUUAUGUCGCAGAUGGAGAAACGUUUGGAAAUCUGUGCCUGGAUUGGAUUUGGACUUUAAUAGUUCCGUAGAUUUUGCCAAGUACGAGUUUUUCGAUAGGUUUAUGGAUUUGAACAGUGACUUGUGCUUACAAAGAGUUAAGCUAAGCUAUGUUGAAUAUCGGUUGAAUAAGUAUAACGAGGCGACGAUAAACACUGUGAUUGAUCAGCAGAAGAAUAUUCAACAUUUAGAUGUUGCGAGUAAGUUCGACAGAGUUACGAUACCUCCAACCAUUUAUACAUCAUGUGAGAGUUUGGUCUCCUUGAAACUCUACUGCGCAAGCUUGCCUAAACCUCCCCACAAGUCAUCAGUCUCUUUGCCUUGUCUUAAAAUCUUGGAUCUACAACAAAUCGUGUUUCUUGCUGACGACAAUCUGUGUAUGGAGAUGCUCAUCUCAGCCUGCCCUGCUCUACAAACCCUAACUAUGGACAAGAUGUAUGCAGUUAAAGUCUCGUCUCCGUCUCUAUUGAGCUUCUGUCUCAACAAAAACGAAUAUGGAUAUCAUCAUCAGGCAACACAAGUUGUAUUGGAUACCCCAAGGCUCAAGUAUCUAAAGCUGAAACAUCACUUUGUUGAAAGAAUCAUCGUAAAUGAUUUGAGCUCCAUUGUUAAGUUGGAUCUUGAUGAUUUGAUUAAUUUUGGUGAAAGCUUUCCUGGUUUUCUUACCCUGAUCUCUCGUGUCAGAUAUUUUAAUUUAACUAUCUCUUCUGAUUUUCUUCGGGUAAAUCGUAAGCUCCUCCCGAAAUCGGAAUCAGUAAUUCAUAACCUUUCUACCUUGAGCGUCAAGGACAUACCGCCACUCGGAUACUGGGAAUAUUUGCUACUCUUUCUUGAGAGGUGUCCUAAUCUAAAAUCUCUUGUCAUGGGGUUUCAAGGUUAUCACUAUGGAAUAAAUUUUUAUGAUGUGCCUCACUGUGUCUUAUCAUCCCUUGAGUUUGUCGAGGUGAGAGCAAGACACAUAGCGGAUAUGGAGAAACUAGUGAGUUAUUUUAUGGCUAAUUCAACAGUCCUCAAGAAAUUUACUCUCUGUUUAUAUCAUAUGAAGAAUGAAGAUGUGAAGAUCCUCGAUAGGCUCUUUACAUUGCCAAGACGAUCUCGCAUGUGUGAACUUUGUUGUUCGCUCUAG